AUGGCAGGACAGAACGCACCUCAAACAAAGAGCAACAUCGGAGUCUCAUCCGCCACCAGAGACUCUUCUCAAUCGACCACACGACGAAAGCAACAUGCAUCCACUCAACAGACUGCAAAGAUACAAGAAAUUAUCGACGACGAAGAGGAGGAGGACGAGGAGUUUGAUGAGGACGAAGACGAUGAAGAGGACGACUCUGACUCUGAUUCGGAUGUCUCUGACUCUGACAUCGAUGAUAUCCCAGAACCUGAAAAGUGGAAGAUCAUCACAGAGUCUGGAAUCAUCGAUCAAGUCAAUGCCAAUGACAAGCGCAAACGCCGCCAGAAGCAGGCUCAGGAAGCGGCGGAUCGAGACUACAUCUUCGAGGGCAUCUUCUUUUCAAUCCCUACGACGUGCCUCUUUGUCGUCAUGGAUGUUCUUGUCCAUCGCCAGUUCGGAGAGGCAUACGGAGGAAGCGAUAUAUUCCACAAGGUCAUCAAGAUCUUCCCAGCUAUUCUGAUUAUGGUGUACUUCAGCAACAAGUCCAAGAACAGCAAGUUUACACAGGCGGCGAUGUUUGUGAUUUCGACUAUUUGCGGAUGCUACUUUUUGCACACGAUGUUCCGGUCGCCUGCGAUGGGUAUCAUGCUGCGUUCACCGGGAGUGAUCACGAUCCUUGUCUACUGCAUUGUCCAGCUGAACCUGCUGCCGGCUGUGAUAAGUCUGGCACUCUGCGGAUUGUAUUAUCAGUUUGGAAACGUGAAGUACAGUCAUCGUCAUUAA